AUGGCGGAGGAGCGCGUGCAGGCUCUAGAGCAGCAGAUGAUAGCACUGGCCCAGGAGCUGCAGAACCGCCAGCAGAGGGAGAACGAUCUCACGGCCGAGGUGCAACGGCUCGGCCGUGUGGCCGAGGCUAGACCACGGGUGGACGGGCCUGUGCUACAGCCUCGAGCCGAGUCGCUCGUGGACACUCGUACGCUGGGCAAGCCAGACGUGUUCACGGGCGAGGAGCACAAGUGGAACGAUUGGAAGGUGAUCUUCAAGGCGUACUGUGGCGUCGUGAUCGCCGACUUGCUGGCAGGGAUGCGACUGGCAGAGAGCGCUGACGAGGCCUCAGUUCAGAACGAUGACUUCCUCGAGGAGAAUAUGAGGCAGGCCUCGCAGCAGCUGUAUUACAUCUUGCUCCUCCUCUGCCGGCAGCAUCCCCUGACGACGAUCGUGAAUGCUGGCGAGAAUGAGGGCUUCCAGGCUUGGCGCAAGCUGGUUGAAUACUACGAACCGAAUGCGAGGUCCCGCAUCGCGGGGCAGCUGCUGAACCUCCUGAACUUCUCGUUCACUGGCGAUGUCGAGGACCGGCUGGCGCUGUUCGAGCGAGAGCUCCUCAGGCACGAGCAGAGGAGCGGCGAGGCCCUCUACGCCAGCACCUUGCUCAAUGCGACCAGGCUGGUGGAGUGGCAGGACUUCCGACGUGAGGUCACCGACAUCCGCCGUGCCCAGAGCGCCAUCGCCCCGGUGCCCGUGCCCAUGGUCGACCUGAGUGGGGGCGUUGGCGAGCAUGGAGCAGACGCUGGCUCGCAUCAACGCCUCCCAGUCGACGAGUACGACCGUGCCAUCGGCGGCCAGCUCUAUGUCGACGGCUGCGACUACGAGGCUGAGUCCGGCGACGGCGAUGUCGCAGCACUCUACCUGAACGAUGCGGACGAGCAGGUCAGCUAUCCGUUCGCGAACCUCCACUCCCUCAGCAUCUACGACCCGGGGCCGGACAAGGCGGACGCGGUCGACUUUGCGAUCGGCGCGGCCCUGGACCUGAACAUGAUCCACGGCAACUCGGACGCGGAGGAGGUCGAGCUCAACGGCAUCUUGCGCGUGGGCAUCGACUCGUGUGCGGCGGCAUCGGCGCUGCCGCGCGGCUCGUGCACGGACUACCCGGUGCACGAGGGCGGCCAGGCGAUCUCGUACAUGACCGCCUCUGGCCACUACGCGAACGACGAGGGCGAGAAGAUCUUCGUGGGGGCGAUGCCUGGGGCAUCCCAGGCACGCGCUGCCAUGCUCAGGGUGGCGGACAUCGGCAAGCCGUUGCUGAGCGUCGCGGAGAUGGUCGACUCUGGCCAUCGGCUCGUCUUCGACUCGGAGGGCGGGCAGGACAUUAGCUACGCGUACCACAAGACCAGCGGAGACGUUGUCAAGUUCUGCCGCAGGAACAAGGUCUACGAGAUGGAUAUGCACGUCGACCCGCACGUGCCGGAGGUCUGCCCGGUCGAGGCGGCAGGCCACGAGCCUCCCGAGGGCGAAGCCGGCCAGCCAGGCGCGGCUCACGAGGAGGUCGCGGAGGGCCCGCCGGCACGGCCGGCGAGGGAGCCCGCAGCGCCGACGGCGGCCGAGCGAGCCGCGCAUGAGGUGCUGCAUGGCCAUCAGACGAAGGACCGCCAGGAGUCGGCGCUCGCGGUGGUUGGCAUCGACAACGGCUACCUCGGUGAACGAGAGGACGCCGCGCCGCUGCUGAUCGGGAAAGAUUCGAAGCAGCCUAAGGGGACGCAGCGUCCCUGGCCGGCAAAGUCGUGGUCCAGGAGGCUGGCAUCGGCUGGCCACAGGCGCUUCGUCUUCUGCUCAGACGGCGAGGCGCCGCUCGUCGCCCUGAAGACCCGCAUCGGGGCCAAGCUCAAGGAGGAGCAUGGCAUCGAGACGGUGCCCGAGGAGAGCGCGGUCGGCGACUCUCAGGGCAACGGCCUGGCCGAGCACGCGGUGCGCGAGGUCGAGGCCAAGGUGGGGACGGCGCGGGCGCAGGUGGCCGACCUCCACGGCGUGAGCAUUGGCGCCGAGCACCCAGUGACCCCGUGGAUGGUCGAGUUCGCAGCCAUGUCCAUCAAGCUGGGCAGGCGGGGCGCCGACGGCCGCGCGGCUUGGGAGCUUCGGCACGGCCGCCCCUUCAACAAGGACCUGGCUUGCUUCUCGGAGAAGGUCCUGUAUCUCCCAGGGGGCAAGCGCAAGGCCGGGAUCGAGGACAAGUUCCUCGCUGGGCUCUACCUGGGGCCCACGCUUCGGACGGACGAGGUCUACAUUGGCGCGGAGUUGGGGGCGCUACGGGCCAGGGCCUUCAAGCGGUUGACGGUCGAGCAGCGGGCCGACAAGGACCUGCUGAACAGCCUCGUGGGGAAGCCGUGGGCGCCGGCGCCGACGGGCGUAGAGGUGGACGAAGUACCUGUGGCCAUCGAGAUCCGAGCGCCGGCGCCAGCGCCGGUCGCGCCUGUGGGCGGACCUCUGGCGCCCAUCCCUGAGGCUGGGGACCUCCCGCCCCGGGCCCCCCGAGUCGGGCGACCGCCGGCAGGGCCGCGGGCCGUCUACAUCAGGAAGGACGUUGAGAUCGCGAAGUACGGGCUCUCCCCGGGCUGCUACGACUGCGCCGCGAUCCUCAACGGCGCCCGGGCGCAGGCUCACUCAGCCGAGCGCCGCGCUCGGAUCGAGCAGGCGAUGCAGGACGACGAGGAGGCAAAGCAGAGGCUCGAGGAUGCCCGUGAGCGGAAGCGGCUAUCGCACUGA